GCGCCCGCCCCACGUCCAGUCCCCACGACCCGAUGACUCAGUCCUGGUAACAUUGCAGUGCAGUGCGAACGGUGGUGUGGUUCAUGUAGGAGAGUCAGUGGUGUGUUGUUUCUCUUGUCAUGUGGGGAGUGCGAUAGCGUAAGCUAACAUGACCCGGCGUCCGCUGAUCUUGCUCGCCUUGCUGGCAGCCGCGCUUGCCAACCAGCUCGAGGAUAUCCCUCACAAUGAAGUCAAAAAUUGGGCGCUAAAAUUCGGUGUCGACCUGUGGGAGUUCGGGCGGCACUUCACAAAAAUGAAUCAAAUACAAAACAAAUACCACGAAUACAACGUAGAGGUGGUCCGCAAAGACGGCUUGCUGUUGGUGCGGGAACUGGCUGCCGAAGUCAAAAACCAUAUGGAUUUCAAGAUCAAUGCUGUUAUGCGCAUAAUGGACUCUGCGGAAGCGGCUGCACUGUCAGCUGGCAGUAGCAGCAUAGAUGGCUCACCAGGCUCUUACUACGACGCGCGAUGGUUGAACGUUCACGCCGACGAUGGAACGCUGUCUGCAAGGGCGCGUCGCCUCCUGCUCUCUCCUAGCCGGCAUUUCGAUCACAUUGCCGUUAAUACGAGCUAUAGUGCGGUACUUAUGCCUCCGAGGAUUAACACGGAAGAUGGAGAGGUUCAAAACCAGAUCGGUUGGUCGGAACACUUAGAUCCUUUGUUCGUGAACAACUACGAAAUUGAUCCAACGCUGUCGUGGCAGUACUACGCUUCGUCCAGCGGAUUUAUGAGGCGAUAUCCUGCUAUGUCUUGGCCCCCCGAAGACGGAUACUCGCACCAUGCAAGAGAUUUCUACGACUUCCGAUCGUCAAACUGGUUCGUUGAGGCAGCCACCUCACCAAAAGACCUCGUAAUACUGAUAGACGAUUCAGACGAACUCAGCUCGUCUAACCGACAACUCGCCAAGUCGACUGCCAUCGCAUUACUUGACACACUUGGCCCGAACGACUUUGUCAACGUCUACAGAUACAGCGAUUCAGUGUCAGAGCUACAUCCGUGUUAUACAAAGAUGUUGGCCCAGGCCGUUCCCGAAACAAUACGAGAGCUGAAAAGCGCUGUGUGGGCCGGCGAAGCUACCGGCGGUGCGGCCAAUUUAACCGGCGCUCUCACCUCGGCCUUUGAGAUUCUCUACCGGUAUAACCGGACAGGCCUUGGUUGUCAAUGCAACCAAGCUAUAGCGGUGAUAGGAGCCGGUGGGGGCGCUGGAGGUGUUACUGCCGUGUUCCGAGCAUGGAACUGGCCGCAUAUGCCCGUACGCAUAUUUACGUACCGGGUAGGGGGAGAUGCGGCAGCGGGAAAAACAAUGAAGGAAAUGGCGUGCAAUAAUAAAGGUUUCCACGUGACUAUCAACGACCAUGAUGAAGUUCGCCAGAAAGUCCUGCAUUUCGUGGAAGUACUGGCACGUCCCAUGGUCAUGUACCAGACCAUGCACCCAGUCCAUUGGAGCCCUGUUUACGUCGGAGGCCGGAGUAGUACCCUGGAUGAUGACGGAAUGGGUCAGUUAAUGACGUCAGUUACAGUACCUAUUUUCGACAGAAGAAACCACACGCAAAGAGAAGCUAACUUGCUUGGCGUAGUUGGUACCGAUGUUCCAGUCGAACAAAUAAAGAAGCUCGUGGCACCUUACAAAUUGGGUGUGAAUGGUUAUUCAUUUAUGCUGGAUAACAACGGGCAUGUUUUGUACCAUCCUGAUUUGAGACCUUUGUAUACGAACGAGGAGUACACAGAGACAUUACGACCUCUUUACUCCAGUGUCGAUCUCACAGACGUGGAACUCCUCGUGGACUAUGAUGAAAAUGCAAGAGUCAACCUCACUUCUUUACUUUUCGAACUACGUCACGACAUGAUAGAACAGCGUGAAGGGGAAACAGAGAUGGGAGUUAAAGUGCAAUACGAGGGAAUGAGACGGGUAGCGACUCGGCGACAGAGAUAUUUCUAUAGUCCGGUCGAUGGAACGCCGUAUUCACUGGCUGCUGUGCUGCCAGAUGGCUACGGCAUGUAUGAGCUACAGGCGGAACAGGAGAUUAAACACAGCCCCAUCAAUGUCACAGAAUAUUUUAAAGGAGACAAUUGGAAAGUUCACCCGGAUUGGGUUUACUGCGAAUACGCAUCAACUUCGGAGCAAACGUUUAAUUCGCCCGAGGAGCAACUCUUACAUUUUCUUACACGCGCCGGCCGACCUGGAUGGAAGUGGAUGUCACUUCGGCCUCGUGCGCUAACUCUGCACAACGCGCACAAGAAACAGGACCGUGACUCGUACUAUUGUGACAAAACAUUAGUUCAGUCGCUGGUCCGUGAUGCAAUGGUAAUUAAAGAAUUGGACGCUCACACAGGACAUGCUAGCCAUCAUAACCACCCGAUAGCAACAUUAAUGGCACUUCUAACAAGGCAAGGCCGAUUCCACAAAUUCGUGGUGACAUUAUCGUUCAUCGCAACAAGAAGUGGUCUACUGAAAUGGACUGAAAACGUAAACACCUCAAGGUCCGCUGACUCUUCUGAACCACACUUCAGCGAGAAACAUGCUCGCGCCUUCGACUCAGAGUGGUACCGACGUGCAGUGGAACAUCAUUCGAUUGAACCGGAAAGCUUUGUCUUUUCUGUGCCAUUCCGUGACGGCAGUGAAGCUGAAGACUUCAGUGGGAAACCACCAUUAGUACUGGCAACUCAUGCGGUGUUCGUCGAAUCUAGGGGGCAUCGAGCUCCUGCUGCAGUAGUGGGACUGCAUUUUAAACUGGACUCCCUUGCUAAACAUUUCUUGAAUGUCACAUCAACAUGCACAGCCGGCAGUGUUUGUAAGAAAACUUGCGCUGGCGAUGAAUUGGAUUGUUACAUUUUGGAUGACAAUGGUUUCAUAAUUUUAUCGGAGGACGCUUCACAAACGGGCCGAUUCUUUGGGCAAGUUGACGGAACAAUAAUGGAUUCGCUCGUUCAAGACAGAAUUUACAAAAAGGUGACUGUACAUGAUCAUCAAGGAAGAUGUCCAGAUUCGAGGAACCCAUUCAGUGGAAGCUCAAACAAAUUGUCACCUUUGAAACCACUGUCUUGGCUCGGCGGAUACGUCACAAACUUAUUAGCUGUGUGGUUUCCAUUGUGGGACACCGCACAUGCACGCGCACAUCCACAUGGUGAAGAAGAAAUUGAUUACGAGGACUACGAAAACGAGGACCUAGAGAGUGACGAUGAAUUGGAUCGUGAUCGCGGUACCUACGAGAUCAUUAUUGACGGUAUAGGCGCUUCAGACAGGCAUGAUGUCCCCGUCGUGAGCCCCGGCCCGCCGCGGGAACCCCCUCGCGAAGCCGCUCGCUCCGCCGCAGUGAGGCCUUGCGACACCAGCGCCGAACUGUUCACCCUGCAGUCCACGCGCCUCAACGCUGCCCAACCACUCAAAGGAAAGCUCACCAAUUGCCACAAUUCCGGGUGUGAAAGGCCGUUCAGCGUUCAAAAGAUCCCGCACAGUAACCUGAUUCUGCUGGUCGUGGACACUCUGUGUCCGUGUGGCGCCAAGCGCUUGGACGUUCGCGCGCGCGAGGCUGGUGUGCGCACCGCGUGCCGGCGUCCUGCGCGUGCGCUGCCCCGCCGUCGGCCGCCCGCCUGCGUCUCCUACCAUCCCGAGGAAAUCGAGAUCCAGUCAUGCGGCCGCGGCGCCCGUGCAAGACCUCUGUUCGCAGUACUCGCCACCCUCGCUCUACGACUUAUCUUAACUCUCACAACGUGACUGUCCAAAAACCCCAAAGCAUUCUAAUUCAAUACCUGCCCGCAGGUUGCCCGACCGUAUGAAGCUUUCUACCAUAUCAAGUUCCAUAUCACAGAGAAUAAUUUUUAGAUCCAAAUGCUGUUACAUUAAUAAAACGGAAAGCUUCGCGGGUCACCGUUCCGCAGUGAUCGAGCGUUGUUUUUGUGUGAAAAGACUAUUCGUGUGAACUUUUUUAUGCAAGAGUUGUGCUGAAAGGCUCGUUCUAGCAUUGCCUAGCCAAGCUGGGGUGUUCUUAUUAUAAAAUAUAAGAACCUACUCUUACAGCAAAUGUUAAUACCGCGCUGACACAACAGCCUGUACACUGAGUGUGGAUUUUUUUUUCUGCAAAUCUGGUUUAAUUUUAAAAUAUUGACCUGUCACGCACACUUUUAAUUCAUUCAUAGAAGUAGCUAUACUAAAGAACUCGCACUCAGAGUUCAGAAGACUAUGCCUGAACGUGGACAACUAUAAAUACCUUGCAGUUGUUUUUGACGAUAAUGUAUAGAGUAGGUACAGUUUUACAAUGUUUAUAUCCGAGUAAUUUGUUGUGAUUGCGUUUGUACCAAGUGUCAAGUACUGUGUCAUCGCGUUAUUAAGGAAUGCCUCAGCAGAAUAGGCCUCUUCUUGGCCUAUUUAUGUGGUGUAUGCGAGAUGUUUAAAGUUUUGAUCAAUUUUACCGACUGAAGUAUUGGUCCGACCAAGAGAACUUUUGAUCUUGUUUUGAGACAGGAUUAUCGAUUCGAACUAAGAUAAGAUAAUGUUUAAAUAUUUUCUCCUCUCUGUUAAGUUGACAGUCUCAUAAUAUAACUAUGAUGCGGUCGCAAUCGGUAAAUAGGUAGGUAACUAAAUAUCUUGUUAAAUUUAAUUGAAGAUUAUCACAAACUUGGAGA